UGGUAGGGGGAUGUGCACUGCUCGGCCUGUUCGUGCAGCGAGGUGAGGUGUUCUUGCACUGAGUGAUGGGAGUGGAGUGGAGCGGAGUGGGGGGACGAUGUGGUGAGAAUUAAUGGCAUCAGAUCGUUCGUUGGUUACUUUAUGCGUGCGUACUCACUCUCUCUCUCUCUCCCUCCCUCCCUCUCCCUCUCCCUCCCUCGCUCCCUUCUUACUCUCCUCUCUCUCUCUCUCACACUAGGCUGAGUCCUGACGGACUGACUCCACUGCACAGCUGCUGCGAGUCUGCAGCAAGGGAAGCGCGCAAAACGCGCGGAUGCAAUUGAACCGAAGGAUCAGAGCAUACAUGCUGCUGCGUAAAGACGGGUACAGUGCAUUAGAGUCCGGAGCGUGUCGGGUGCUCUUGUGUCCGGGGGAGCGAAGAAUUGAAAGGAGUGCGCACUGAACUGGACUGAGUGAGUGAGAGCUGAGCUGAGCUUGAGCUGUGAGCUGAGUUGAGCGGAGCUGAACUGAACAAAACUGAUCUGAUCUGAGCUUCUGAGUUGAUGAGGCUGCUGCUGAGCCGAUCCUAUCCUCCUCUUCCUUUACUGUCAGUCUGGUCCGGUCAGUUGGGCUGGGCGGCUGCUGCUCGCUUGCACUUGCUCGCUGGCGCGGCGGUCGGGCCUGGCUAGUUGCGCCUCUCGCUCCCGCACAGCCUCCGAGUGUUGAAAGGUUGGUUAGACUGGCACUGAUCACUGAACGACAGAGCACUCACUCUGCGGCUGCCUUCCUAUUAUUUUUUAUAUUCUGCGAGCGUCGGGCGCCGGGGACAUGAUGCUACUUGCGCGCAAGGAUGGGUCGAGGAAUGCCUUCAUUGAGAUCAGGACGAGGAGGCGGAGGGGAAUUGCUUCGGGAUGAGAUGUAUGCUCCUGCGGCAGCAACAGCAGCAGCAGUGCGCAACAGAAUGCCGGGACGAGCUCGAGCAGGUCGACCUCUGUGGAUCGGAAUGAGGUCGUUGUCGAGGACGAGUCGGGCGGUCUACGCCCCCAGCUUAAGGCGCAGCAGCAGCAGCAGAAGGAGCAGCAGCUGAAAGCUUCAUGGGUGUGAGGUCGAACGAUCAAUCAUUAGCGCAUAUCGACUCGUGGGUUCAGAAGUUCUCCUUGCUUCGUACUCGAGAGUCGCGGGAGGCGACGGCCCCCUCGUGCCGAGCGAGGAGGCAAAUGGAGGGUCUCCGGGGAGGUAUGUGGACUUCCAUUCUGCUCAUGCUCGUGGUGACAGCGUCGCAUUGCUUCGAGAGCAACGCAGCCCUUUCGUCGGACGGAGUGGCGCUGCUGGCGCUUAAGUCCUCCAUCGUCGACGACGAAGGAGUGCUGCUCGAUUGGGUGGAAUCGUCGCAGACGCCGUGCAACUGGACCGGCGUGGCGUGCGACGCGCUGGGCAAUGUCAUCUCGUUGAGCCUGUCGCGGAUGAAUCUGUCCGGGGCCAUCUCGGGGGUCAUCGGAUCGCUCAAGCAUCUGACGACACUCAGCCUCGACGCGAACAAUUUCACGGGCCCCAUCCCGGACGACAUCUCGGAGCUGACGCGCCUGCGCUUCUUCAACAUUACCAAAAACCUCUUCUCCGACGGCUUCCCGGCGGGCUUCGCCAACCUCACGAAGCUCGAGGUUCUGGAUUGCUACAACAACAACAUGUCGGGCAAGCUGCCGCUGCAGAUCGUGGGCCUGCGCAACCUCAAGAAGGUCCAUCUAGGCGGCAACUCGUUCGACGGCAGCAUCCCCGUCGAGUACGGCAGCUUCGGCCAGAACCUGGAGUAUCUUUCUCUGUCGGGCAACUCCCUCACGGGCGCCAUCCCUCGCGAGCUCGGCAACCUCACGGGCCUCACGCAGCUCUUCCUCGGCUACUUCAAUGAGUUCGAUGGCUCGAUCCCGCCCGAGCUCGGCCAGCUGACCAACCUGCAGCUGCUCGACAUCCCAUCGUGCGGCCUCACUGGCAGCAUUCCCAAGGAGCUCGGCAAUUUGCGCAAUCUCCAGAGCCUCUUUCUCUACGGCAAUUUCUUGUCGGGCUCGCUGCCUCCGGAGCUCGGCUCGCUCUCGAAUCUGCUCUCGCUCGAUGUGUCGAGCAAUCAGCUGAGCGGCCCGAUCCCGGCCUCGUUCGGGGGCCUGGCCAAUGUGACGCUCAUCAGCCUGUUCCGGAAUUUCCUCGAGGGCGAGAUUCCGGCGGCGCUGGGCGAUCUGCCGGCGCUCGAGGUGUUCAACAUGUGGGAGAACAAUCUGACCGGCCCGAUCCCGGCGAGCAUGGGCCGGAGCGGGAGGCUGAUCUAUCUGGACGUGUCGAGCAACCAGCUGACCGGCACGCUGCCGCCGGACCUGUGUCGGGGAGGCAGGCUCACGAACCUGAUCGUCAUGGACAACCGGCUGAUCGGGCCGGUGCCGCCGGGGCUGGCCGCCUGCGCCUCGCUCGAGUACGUCCGGAUGCACGACAAUUUCCUGAACGGCACCGUGCCGGCGCAGUUCUUCAACCUGCGCAACGUCACGAUGCUGCAGCUGAACAACAACUACUUCACCGGGCCGCUUCCGGCGACCAUGACGGCGCCCAUGCUGCGCGUGCUCAUGCUCUCGAGUAACCAGCUGGUCGGCACGGUGCCGGAGGCGGUGGGCGGGCUGGCGGCGCUGCAGACGUUGCAAGCCGCGGACAACCAGCUGACGGGGUACAUCCCGUCGACGAUUUGUGACAUCCCGGCGCUCUCGGUGCUCGACCUGAGCGUGAACUACCUGAUGGGCUCCAUCCCCGCGACGCUUGCGAAUUGCUCGAGCCUGUCGCGGCUGGACCUGAGCAAGAACGACCUGGUGGGCGCGAUCCCUCCCGAGCUCGUGCAGCUGUCGGUGAUCGCCAUUCUCAACCUGUCGCGCAACCAUCUGACCGGCUCGAUCCCGGAGCGGUUCGGGCUGAUCCAGAGCCUGACGCAGGUCGACUUCUCCUACAACAACCUGUCGGGGCCGGUGCCGACGCUGGGCGAGGCCGAGUACUACAGCUACGAGGCCUUCGAAGGCAACCCGCUGCUGUGCGGCGGCGCAGUGCUGGCGCCCUGCAGCGAGCGCGACGCGCCGGCCUCGAACGGGACGGGGCGGGGCGCGGGCGCCGCGAAGGGCAACCCGGACCUGCUGGCGUGGCUUGUGGGCGCGCUGUUCUCGGCGGCGCUGGUGGUGCUGCUGGUCGGGAUGUGCUGCUUCGUGAAGAAGUACCGGCACUUCAUCGCGAAGGUGCUGCGGAAGGAGGGCAAGAUCCGGCCGUGGAAGCUGACGCCGUUCCAGCGGCUGGAGUUCACGGCGAACGAGCUGGUGGAGUGCCUGAGCGACGAGAACAUCAUCGGGCGCGGCGGCGCGGGGACGGUGUACAAGGGCGAGAUGGCGAGCGGGGAGAUGGUCGCGGUGAAGAGGCUGGCGUGCGGGCGCGGGACGUCGUCGCACGACCACGGGUUCUCGGCGGAGAUCCGGACGCUGGGGAAGAUCCGGCACCGGAACAUCGUGCGGCUGCUGGGGUUCUGCACGAACAACGAGAUGAACCUGCUGGUGUACGAGUACAUGCCGAACGGGAGCCUGGGCGAGUUCCUGCACGGCAAGAAGAGCGGCGUGCUGGACUGGAACAUGCGCUACAGCAUCGCCGUGCAGGCGGCGCACGGGCUCUGCUACCUGCACCACGACUGCUCGCCGCUCAUCGUGCACCGCGACGUCAAGUCCAACAACAUCCUGCUCGACUCCAACCUCGAGGCCCACGUCGCCGACUUCGGCCUCGCCAAGCUCUUCCAGGACUCCGGCAAGUCCGAGUCCAUGUCCUCCAUCGCCGGCUCCUACGGCUACAUCGCCCCCGAGUACGCGUACACGCUGAAGGUGAACGAGAAGAGCGACAUCUACAGCUUCGGGGUGGUGCUGAUGGAGCUGCUAACGGGCAAGCGGCCGAUCGAGCCCGAGUUCGGCGACGGCGUGGACAUCGUGCAGUGGGUGCGCACCAAGAUCCAGACCAAGGAGGGCGUGAUGGAGAUUCUGGACCCGCGCGUCGGCGGUGUCACGGUGCCGCUGCAGGAGGUCAUGCUGGUGCUGCGCGUCGCGCUGCUCUGCUCGGGCGACCACCCCAUCGACCGCCCCACCAUGCGCGACGUCGUGCAGAUGCUCUCCGACGUCCGCCCCACCGUCCGCACCGGCAGCAUGGACUCCCGCGAGCUUAAGCCCCAGCAAAUCCUCCUCACGGACGAUCUCUUGACCUUCUAGCUGAGCCGGCCUUCCCCGUCACCCUUCCUACAUGACGUGGUUUAUGCCACGUCACUCAAUUCGCAGCCGAUUGGUCCACUUGUCGAUUCUCGUCCAUUCUCGUCCACCACCCUGUCUGUUCGAUUGUCCCCCAAAGACUUCAGGUCCGCCCUCCCCCUUCCCCUGCCCCCCGCUCUGCCGUCUGUUCCGGUGUCGGACUGGACUCAACCACUCCCACUGGCACUGCCACCACAGCAGCAGCAGCAGCAGCACAGUCACUCUAAGCCGAGUGGCAUUCUGUACAGUAUGAGUAGCCUUUUGCAAUGUACGUAUGUAUAGAUACGAAGCCAGGGACGCUGCCGUAAUCGUAGAGGCAGCGAGGGGCAAACGAACGGAGCUCGUCGAACGUCGACGGUGAGAUUGUGAGCCGGUCGGACGGAAGGCGAACUAGAUCUUCAAUGCAGACAGAGGAAGGGGGAAGAGAGAGAGAUAGCGGCCGGGAUCGUAUCGGAGCAGGAGCAGCAGAGCGGAUCUGGCUUUUCCCGGGGGAGGUUUAAGGUGGGUAGAUAGGGGUUGUAGAGCAGGGCAGACGGACGGUCGGAUUUCGAUCAUCUCCGACAUACGUUUGCAGGCGAUCCGCGUCGCGUGGAAGGACCAGCGUCCGCCUCGGUUUUAGUGAGAGGACGGACGGGAGCGGAUGGACGACCGGGGGCAUAUUAUUAGGUGCUCCGUAACGAUUCCUCGUGGGUCACCGUUCAUGUCUGACGGGAUUAGUGGGUAGUCAUCUUACCGGAAGUGACGUUCUCACAGAAAGAGACGGACGGACCGACAAAUUUACGGACGGACCGGCCGACGAGACUCGCCGCGCGGGAGCGUCGUCACGGCGGCAACGGCCAUACAGCUGCAUUGGGGGUUAUGAUGAGCGUGUUCUACACAAAUGUCACGAGAAUCAGAAGGCUUCUGUUCUUCUCGAGCUCUCUCGGAGUCUCUGGCUGGAGUCCUUCUUCCCUCCCCCGCCCUGCCCUCGGGGAGUGAUUGCCAGCCCUUCACUUUUUGCGGGUUCGCGUCAUGAUUUGGUGCGCAGUCAUGAUGCUCCGGACUGCCAGAAUUCGACGUCACCCACAAUGAUUCUGCAUCGAUCCACCGCUGUCGUAAGUUUUGUCAGUCUUCUCGCGGUCCAAGAAGAUCCUCCCUCCCUCCUCACCUAGGCUCCGGUGAGGUACAGUUUCUGUCGCGAUUUGCUGCUUCCUAGCGCAUCACAUGUUUGGCACGGUAGGCCCAAGCUCUGCACUUGAAACGCACUCUGGAAUCAUCAUGUCUUGGGUUCAUUCGAGUCAACGGUGUAGUUUAAUGCAAUGUAGGUUUUUGAUCGUAGAAAGAAGAGAUGUAGAGAUUAGAAGAGAUAUUUGAUCAGCGAUGGAAUUUAUGACUAGGUUAGAUCCUCUCUUCAGGAGGGAGGGAGUCCUUGUCACAUUCUAACGUGGAAGUAUGUUUGUUGCGGAGAGAGAAGAGUCGUUGUGGAUCUCAAUAAAAGAUUACCAAAGCGAUAUGUUGCAGCGAAUAUUGAGAAAUGCGAGCUCACCAGAGUCUUACCUAGAAAAACUCCACAAAGUUUACAGGAAUGUAACCCUAAAAUGCGUAACGAGUACCUCCUGCAGGGACUAACCUCUCUAUGCUGCAAGGUCUUGGAUAAUGUUUGCAAAUCAGCUCUUGCUUUGUGGUGCAAAUUAUGACUUGACGUAAAAAGUUGGAAGC